UCCAUUAUUAAAAAGAUAAAAAAACAUAUCUAAAAACAAACUAUGUAAGAACUCGCUGUUGUGAACUCGUCCUGCAAUUUACCAGCUAUGGCUGACAAGCUCCAUCAAUACCAGGGAUUCACUGGACGUAUUCACUGUGCCAGAGACAAGUACCAGGAGCGAUGGGCCCAAUGGAAGGAGCAGCAUCCUCGAGGGUUCAAAGACAUGGUCAAAGAAUCCUUAUUUGGUAUACCCAAUUCCGAAGAACCUCAACGUGUUUGGCAAGAUAGUGAAUAUAGUGAUAUUUAUAGGAGAAAAAGCCGCAUAGAACUAAUGCGUAUAUCAGCCGCAGUGAUGGGGAUCGAGUUCUCAUACGCAGCAGAGACUGCUUUCGUCUCGCCCACUCUACUUCAGAUCGGAGUACCCCACCAGCAGAUGACUCUGGUGUGGGCUCUGUCACCUCUCGUCGGGUUCUUUAUGACGCCCUUGCUGGGCUCUUUAAGUGACAGGUGUCGGUUGAAGUUUGGGAGAAGAAGACCUUUUAUUGUGCUGAUGUCAAUCGGCGUGUUCUUGGGGUUAAUUUUAGUGCCCAAUGGAGAAGCAAUAGGCUACGCACUCGGUGAUGUAAGACCUACAAACCGAACUGAAGUUCCUUCUGCUCUGGGGCCCAGAAGUAACGCCUUAGAAGGUUCAGGAAGUAACCGGCAUCCCUGGGGUGUCCUGUUCACUGUAUUGGGGACAGUGUUUCUUGAUUUUGACGCAGAUGCCUGUCAAAGUCCGGCCAGAGCUUAUCUUUUAGAUGUCACUGUGCCAGAGGACCACGCAAAAGGGUUGAGCACUUUUACGGUCAUGGCCGGUCUCGGCGGAUUCAUGGGCUACGCACUCGGCGGUAUCAACUGGGACAACACUAGAAUAGGAGAUUUCUUCGGAGGUCACGUCCGGGCGGUAUUCUCUCUUAUAACGGUAAUCUUUGUAGCCUGUGUAUCAGCCACGGUCACCAGCUUCAAAGAGAUCCCGCUGGACGAACUGACGGAGCAGGAGCACUUCAGGAAACUGGCUGAAACCGAACGAGCACAGGAAAAUUUUGACGUUGAAGAUGGGAUGGAACAGAAUAACUUGAAGACAGAGAAAGCUACUUACGGAUCUUUGAAUCAACCUGAGAACUUAGACAUUAACACACCAAGUGGUCACAACCACCUGUCUCUCCGGCACUACCUUCGCUCCAUCGUGGUGAUGCCAAGCUCACUAAGGGUUGUCUGCUUAACCAACCUGUUCUGCUGGAUGGCUCAUGUCUGCUACUCACUUUAUUUCACCGACUUCGUAGGUGAAGCUGUGUUUGGAGGUGAUCCGGCGGCGCCACUCGGCUCUGAGAGUCGCACUGAGUACGAGGCAGGCGUACGCUUCGGAUGCUGGGGCAUGGCAAUGUACUCUCUAUCUUGUGCCUGUUAUUCUACCAUUAUUGAGAAACUCAUCAACAAACUUGGGGCGAGGAAUGUAUACGUCGGUGGCCUAUGCACUUACAGUUGCGGCAUGUUUCUGCUUUGCAUAAUCCGCGCUCGAGCAGCCGUCCUGCUGUUCAGCUGGACCGCCGGAGUGAUGUACUCGACACUCUUCACCAUGCCCUAUUUGCUGGUCGCACAUUACCACGCCACUGGGAUGUGGGAUAACACGGGUGGCGGAUGUGGACAGGAGCGCGGCAUCGGUACCGACGUAGCCGUGGUCUCGAGCUGUGUCUUCGUAGCCCAGCUCCUUGUUUCCUUCAUCAUGGGCUUCGCUGUCAAGGCCAUGGGCUCAACAGCAGCAGUUGUGGCUGUGGCGGCUCUUUUAGCCUCCUGUGCUGCUUUCACUGCCACUAAGAUUACUUACCUUGACUUGUAAAGAUUUUGCUCUCUUUUACAUUUUAGUUUGAUUAGUAACUUUGAUAUAGUUUUCACUUUAUAUUCUUUUACGUCUCUGAGCAAAGUUAUAUUUCUUAAUGUAAGAAAGGUAGCAAGGUCUGAUGUACAAUAUUUACAUAAUUUAAGCAAA